GCUCGCCUGCCUUUGUCCUGCAGAGCCCGGUUCUUGCUCCAACAGUGUUUGGACGGAGCCUGCUUCCACCGCCUUUCCGCUCCCUUCUCUGCACGGAGGAUCUGUUGCUUGGAUCCAGAGGAGACGCCGACCGGUCGCCAGCCAACAGAUCCCCCCGCAAUUUUUAGUUCCACCAGCCGGACCAGACGCCUUUUGACCCGACCCUCCCAGCUCGCCGGAGCCAGCCAUGGAUUCCCAGAUCCGCCAGAACUACCACCGGGACUGCGAAGCUGCGAUCAACCGCAUGGUCAACAUGGAGCUGUAUGCUAGCUACGUCUAUCUCUCCAUGUCUUCCUACUUCGACCGAGAUGACGUUGCCCUGCAACACGUCGCCGAGUUCUUCCGGUCGCAGUCACACGAAGAGCGGGAACACGCGGACAAGCUGCUUCAGUUCCAGAGUCAGCGUGGUGGCCGUGUCCUCCUACAAGAUAUCAAAAAACCAGAACGGGAUGCCUGGGGCACAACUCUUGAGGCAAUGGAUGCUGCCCUUCAACUGGAAAAAAGCGUGAAUCAGGCCCUUUUGGAAUUGCACCGCCUGGCAAGCGACAAGGGAGACCCCCAUCUCUGUGACUUCCUGGAGACUCACUACCUGGACGAACAAGUCAAAGCUAUCAAGGUCCUGGGUGACUACAUCACCAACCUCCGGCGGCUGGGUGCAUCCCAGGGGGGGCUUGGAGAGUAUCUCUUUGACAAGCACAGCCUGGGAAAGAGCAGCAGCUGAGUGUGGUGGGGCCCCCCCUCCGUAUUCCUGGGAGCACCACCUCCGUGAACCCACAACAUACCCACCACCGUCACAAUCGCCGUGCCCCAGUCAAGGGGGUUGCACCUGCCAACUCUCGAUUGGCAUGCUUCCAAUAAACAAGGGUUCACCAGUUUA